AUGAUUGGCGAGAUCGACAUCCUGGAGAACGUCAACGGCGCGUCGACAGCGUGGCAGACGAUUCACUGCGGGCCUAAUGCGCCGGGUGUACCAUGCAACGAAUACACGGGCGUCACCAGUCAAGCGGCUGGGCUGGACAGGAGCAGGUUUCAUAAGUUCUCGGUGGACAUCGAUCGGACGAACCCCGGCGAGAGUUGGAAGGGGGAGAAGGUCGUGUGGAGGAUCGAUGGGAAUGUCGUGUUCACUGUGGAUGAGAACCGGGUGAAUAACGAGACGGCUUGGACGGCGGUUACGCGGACUCCCAAGUUCAUGCUGCUCAAUGUUGCCGUAGGAGGCUCGUUUCCGGAUAACGUGGCGAACCCGACCUUGGGGAAGACGCCGACUAGUGCGACGGUUGGGGGGAAGGGGUCGGCCAUGGAGGUGAGAUAUGUUGCGAUUUUAGCACUUGAGUUAGCGUACCUACGGAUAAGGGAAUGGGGAGAGCCCAAUAAUUCAUAUUUACUACGUUUGCUCAUUUGGCCACUUGAACUGGUGCCGACAGAGUCGAGUGUCGGGCAGUAUUAUGGUGCUUGGAGAAAGUGA